UUGAAUCUCUGAGGAAUUGCUAUAAAAAAGCUGUCCAAUUAUCGACGUCGUUAUGUUAGCAGUAAAGGUUUUAUGUGUUGUUUAUAAAUCAUCUUUUGCACACAUAUUUAUAGAAAUAUGACGCUUGGAUAGUUUGGAAAGUUUUAUGCGAAUACUAGUAGCCGUCGAGUUGAAAGAAGUACUCCCUUGGAGGUGUUGUGUGCCAGCAUUUUUAGUCCACAUUGAAAGUCGCUGGGAGCUGACAUACCAUGGAAACGUGGCCGACUCCGACUCAAUCGCCCAACUUGUGCUAGAAGCAACAAUAAUCAGCGUAGUGCAAGUCUGAGGAGGAGGUUAAUUGGAUAUGGAAAGGGCCGAUUUGUGGUAAAAACCUGGAAUAAGCAAAACAGAAAACGGCCUAGGCUUUUUAAGGUAAACUGAAAGAAAGCAAGGUUGUAGGAAGGGGAAGCACUGGAGAGACGACGACGGGGGGAGAAAAAAAAGCUGUUGUGAAACGGGGGAGGUCAGUAUAAUGAGAAGAGAUAGAGAGUGAGUGAAGGAGAGAGAGAGAGUGAGUGAGUGAGAGAGAGAGAGAUGGUAAUGAUAGUGGAUGACACUGCACACUCAACAUGAUGCUGCUCCCGACACUGCCAAAACUUUGGGCACCGCUUCUAAAUACCAAAAAGAAAAAGAAAAGUAAUUAACGGACUUUGCAAUUAAAAGCAACGUUUUGUCGUCGAAUCGUCAGAGACUCAGCCAAGAGGAGUGAUAUCUUAAUACAUAAGCAUAUAUAUACCAACAUUAAAUAAUUGAAAGAAAUUGAACAUCAUGCUCAGUUUGUGUUUAUUGACGAUAGACGACGGGCUGGGUGAAAGUUAAAAGAAUGAUCGCUCGGAUAUGAGGCAAAAGGCUGGAUGAUCUGCAAGGCUCUACCAUCACCGUACUGCAUAUUGCAGAUCGGCAUUUUAUAUCAUGGAUACCUUCUUUAACUUUUACCUGCUCAACACGCUAUUUUGGAGUUGUUUAGGUUCACCACUGUUGCUGUUUGCUAAUCGCAAAGAUGUGCGUCUUGUUGAUGCAGCAGACUCACAGAAUUCUUCCGUGAUAAUCAGUGGCCUUGAAGAUGCUGCUGCAGUGGACUUCUUCUACGCUGAGAACUCGGUCUUUUGGACCGACGUCAGCUUGGAAAUGAUUAAAAGAACCUAUAUAAACGGCUCCCAAACCAGCAACAAUGUGAUCACAUUUGGAUUGUUAUCGCCGGAUGGUUUAGCCCUUGAUUGGCUAGGAAAAAAGCUUUAUUGGACUGAUUCCGAAACCAAUCGGAUUGAAGUCAGUAAUUUGAAUGGAUCAUUUCGUAAAAUAUUAUUUUGGGAAAAUUUAGAUCAACCACGGGCUAUUGCUCUGGAUCCUUUAAACGGUUAUAUGUACUGGACGGACUGGGGCGAGCGGCCUAAAAUUGAACGUGCUGGAAUGGAUGGAAAUAAAUUAAAUCGUUCUGUGAUAAUAAGUGAAGAUAUCCACUGGCCAAAUGGCUUGACUUUAGACUAUGAUGAUUCCAAAAUUUAUUGGGCUGAUGCCAAACUCAAUUUUAUUCAUAGUUGCAAUUUUGACGGAUCUGACCGCAGGCCAGUUGUAGAAGGUUCGUUACCUCAUCCUUUUGCAUUGACACUCUUUGAAGAAACACUUUUUUGGACAGAUUGGCACACCCGUGCCAUUUAUUCAUGUGAUAAGAGAACUGGAAGUAAUAAGGAGGUGGUACACAGUGAUAUCUUCUCGCCAAUGGAUAUUCAUGUCUACACUGCCAAGAGACAGCCUAGCAAAACAAAUCCAUGCGGUCAGAAUAAUGGCGGAUGUUCUCACCUGUGUCUAAUGUCUCCUCAAGCACCUUUUUACUCUUGUGCAUGUCCGACGGGAAUUCGUAUUCAUGAAAACGGCCAAACUUGUCCUGGCAGUCCUAAGGAAAUUCUUCUUCUGGCUCGAAGAUCUGAUUUGCGUCGAAUAUCCCUGGAUACUCCUGACUACACUGAUGUGAUUCUUCAGCUAAAUGACAUCCAACACACCAUUGCCAUAGACUAUGACCCCGUUGAGGACUACGUUUACUGGACUGAUGAUAAUAUACAUCUCAUUCGACGAGCUCACAUGGAUGGAUCUGGUCAAGAAAUAGUGGUCAGCACUGAAGUGAAACAUCCUGACGGUGUGGCAGUUGAUUGGAUAGGGCGUAAUUUGUACUGGACUGAUACAGGGACAGAUCGUAUUGAAGUUUGCCGCUUGAAUGGAACAUCGCGCAAGGUGCUUAUAUCAGAAGGACUGGCUGAACCGAGAGCUAUUUGUCUUGAUCCCAUUCGAGGGCAUAUGUACUGGACUGAUUGGGGAACCACUCCAAAGAUAGAAAGGGCCAACAUGGAUGGCUCUGAACGAGUAGCUCUGAUUAAUUCUUCAUUAGGCUGGCCAAAUGGUGUUGCUAUUGACUACCACGAGAAGAAGCUUUAUUGGGGAGACGCUAAAACAGACAUGAUUGAAUUCUCCAACCUUGACGGAACUAAUAGAGUUGUUCUUGUAUCAAAUGAUUUACCUCAUAUAUUUGGAUUCAGUUUACUAGGUGACUAUGUAUACUGGACCGAUUGGCAAAGGCGAUCCAUUGAACGCGUGCAUAAGCUUACUGGUGGAAAACGUCAAGUAAUUAUUGACCAGCUUCCAGAUUUGAUGGGACUGAAGGCAGUGAGCAUGCACCAAGUUGAAGGAACUAAUGGUUGUGUUGAAAACAAUGGCGGUUGUAGUCAUCUAUGUUUAAAUACAUUCCCAAAGGGUCCCGUGUGUGCAUGUCCUACUGGGAUUUUCUUUGAGCUUCUUGAUGAUGAGAAAACCUGUGUAGUUCCUGAUGGAUUCCUUCUGUUCUCUCGAAAAGAAGAUAUUCGCCGUAUCUCACUCGAAACUAACCACAAUGAUGUGUUAAUUCCCAUCCAGUCAGUUAAAGAUGCACACUCCCUGGAUUUUGAUAACAGUGAUAAUAGGAUAUAUUGGACAGAUGCUUCACUUAAACAAAUAAGUCGUGCAUUUAUGAAUGGUAGCUCUCUAGAACACAUAAUAGAAUUUGGAAUUGAAUAUCCUGAAGGAAUGGCUGUAGAUUGGAUUGCUAAAAAUCUUUACUGGACUGACAUUGGGACAAAGCGAAUAGAAGUUGCUCGUCUCGAUGGCAAGUCACGUCGCGUGCUCAUCUGGAAGGAUCUAUCCAACCCACGUUCAAUAGUAUUGGAUCCACCUGAAGGAUACAUGUACUGGACAGAUUGGGGAGAAAAGCCAAAGCUGGAAAGAGCCUCGUUAGAUGGCAAAAAUCGAAAGGUUUUAGUAUUUGAUCUUGGUCGCGUUGCUGGUUUGACUAUAGACUAUGCUGACAAUAGGCUUUAUUGGACCGAUUUAGAUAAUAAACGUAUCGAAUCUUCAGAUAUGUUAGGAGAAAACCGACAAGUGAUCAUAGACAGCUAUUUACAAUAUCCACGUGGCAUCACCCAAUACAAAGAUUUCAUCUACUGGACCGAUUUAGAGAAGAACACAAUUGAACGUGCCCACAAGCUAACCGGAACCAACCGUACAACAAUUCACCAAAGCCACGAUGAUUUUGUAAUGGAUAUCCUGGUUUUCCAAGAGUCACGUCAGCCUGGUUGGAACCCAUGUGGAGGUGAUAAUGGUAACUGUUCUCACUUGUGCUUGGCUCAUCCUGCCUUAUUUGAUCAAAUGGACACUGAUAACAAUAUAUAUUUCACUUGUGCCUGCCCAACUCAUUAUUCAUUGGGAGAAGACAAUAAAACUUGUUCCCCACCAGAGUCUUUUUUAUUGUUUAGUCAAAAGGGUGACCUUAGUCGUUUGGUGCCAAACUCUGAACAUCUUCCUCCGAGUGUUUUGCCCAUUCAUAACCUGCGCAAUGUAAAGGCUAUUGAUUAUGAUGUUUAUGAUAAAUACGUUUACUGGAUUGAUGGCCGGUCAAAGACUAUCAAAAGAUCGAGAGAGAAUGGCACAGAGGUAUCAACAGUGGUACCGAAUCCAUCAAACUACUUCCACCCGCAUGAUUUGGCUAUUGAUCCAUUCUCUCAUCAUAUUUAUUGGUCAUGUUCUCAGAAUAAUGUAAUCAAUGUCACUCACAUCGAUAUGACAGAUGUCGGUACUGUGGUCAGCGACACGGAAGAAAAGCCUCGGUCACUUGUUCUGAACCCAGAACAGGGUCAUAUUUAUUGGACCAACAUGGUGAAACCUCCGAAGAUUGAAAUGGCCGCCAUGGAUGGAACAGAAAAAACAGUUCUAUUUGGAAACGACUUGAAACACCCAACUGCUCUGACCAUUGAUUACAAAUCCCAGCGUUUAUACUGGUCCGACUUGGAAUUAAACCGCAUCGAGUGUUCCGACCUUUCCGGUGGGAACCGGAAAAUUCUCGUCGACAGUGAAAUUGAACAUCCAAACGGAUUAGCUGUUCUCGGACAAUACGUUUACUGGAUUGAUAAAGACCAACAGCUUAUCCAGUGGGUCGAUUAUGCUGAUACCCAUGUAAGAUAUCGUAUGCAAGGUCGUCGCAUUCAGGGAUUAACCGAUAUCCAUGCUGUUCAGAUGAUUAGUGAAGAAGACUUUCAAAAGCAUCCCUGCUACCCUGACACUGGCAAAUGUUCUCAUAUUUGCGUAGCGAAAGGGGAUGGUACUGCACGUUGUUCUUGCCCGGUAGCCCUGGCUCUUACAAACGAUGAGCAAACUUGCUCAGACCCACCAACUUGCUCUCCUGAACAGUUCACAUGUGUUACGGGCGAUAUCAAAUGUAUCCCUGCUGCAUGGCACUGCGACGGUAUUGCCGAGUGUGUCGACGAAUCGGACGAAAGCAACUGUCCUGUCAUGACAAUGCGUUUUACUUGUGCUAAUGGCGACGUGAUAAAAAAGAUUUUGGUUUGCAACGGCGAGAAAGACUGCGAAGAUGGUUCCGACGAAGAGAAAUGUUGUCCCAGUGGUCAAACGUAUUGUAAUGACGGCCCUUGCAUUAAUUCUGAGUUACGCUGUAACAAGCGAGACGACUGUCCAGACGGUUCUGACGAGUGGGACUGUCAGUUUCCUAGACCAGCACCUAUGCGUGAUACCAACACUGCUCAAUACACCGUCGGUUUUGUGGUGGUCUUUGUCUCAUUGCUUAUAUUAGUUAUUGUGUUUGCUUGUCGCCGCAAGUCCCCACCGAAUACUGCCAACGAUCAUGAAAUAAUGAUGGUUAAUAAACCUUUAAAUCCUUGCCCCAAAAAUAUCACUCCCCCACACACAAUGUUUUCUCGUGGUAAAUCUGUUGGAACUGGUUUGUCCCUGAGCUCAGGCCCUGCCCCUCUUUACGACAGGAAUCACGUGACGGGGGCUUCAUCCAGCAGCUCCACUGUAACACAAUAUCCGAAAGGAACACUAAACCCACCGCCAACCCCCGUCACAGACCGUUCAUUAUACACGGGAGAUUUCUGUUACUCUUCCAAUAGUCCUUCCACGGUUCGUUCAUUUCGGACAUACAAGUUCCGGCACAUUCCUCCACCACCAACAACCCCUUAUAGUACAGAUGUGUAUGAAGAAAGUGAACCCUACCCAUGUCAGAAGUACUAUUUAAAUCACUCGCUAAUCGAACUUAGUUACGAUUCUGCCCCACACCCUCCGCCACCUUCUCCACGGAGUCAUUAUUUAUCUGACGAUAUGAGUUGUCCUCCAUCACCUUCUACAGAGCGUAGUUUCAAUCCCUAUCCACCACCUCCGUCACCUGUUGCAACUUCCGACUACUGAGACAAUAACAGCUGUGUUUUGCCCCCGACCCCUUCUAUAAGAGAUUGUAUUUUUUGUCAUUCCUGAAGAAGCUGCUUAUUCACAGCUCUGCCAUUGUAACUUACCACGAUCAGAUUGCUGUUCAAUCUUCUGGGUGUUGUUAUUGCUUGCUCAUGUUAGCAUUGCAGCCCUUAACCUUUUAGAAUCUGUUGCAAAUUGUUGUAUUCCAAGGUUUUUUUUUUUUUUUUUUUUUUCGUUUUUUUUUUUAUUUUGGUAGCUUUUGCUACAGAAAAUAAACCAUAGCAAUAUGUUAUGAGAAUGAUCACAGUCUGUGAAAUUACUUAUUGCUGCUGAAAAUACCAUGGAGAUAAUGAACUAUGAUAACAGCUCCUGAUCUAGGAGAGGGUGUUGUGUCGCCUGUGUUAGCCCAUGCUAAAUUCUAACGAUUAUACACUUUUAUUUCACAUGCAAUGGUUAUUUACAUUGCUGUUGGUGAAUGCAAUGCUUUGUUUGAGAUCGUUUCUCUUUCAAACUUUGUGUACUGCGUUUAGGGCAAUGAAACUCGAUGACUCCACUGAUUCUAAAAGUGUAGUAACGUCAUUACUGGAUAUUGACAACCGUUCAAUCGCACGCAUUAAUACACUGCUUGUCUUUUCAGAAAUGUCUGGGGAAAGUUAUGGAAAAAAACUAAAACAAAAACAAACGAAAAAACGGAAAAAACACAACAAAAAAACGUCCACUCCUUCCUAUGGACGUUGGCAGAUUUGAAACCCAUUCAUUUGAUAACUGAUGGUGAUAUUUCUCUCAAAAGAUUUAGAUAGGAUGUUUACAUGAUAAAUGGUGCACAACAUGAGUUUGAAAUAUUAGAAAGUCCAUUCCUUCAUUGGUCCUAUUUAUGAAUCUCUCUCUCUCUCACUCACUCUCUCUCUCUUUCUCUUGUGUAAAGACUCUAAGUUACAUAUAAUUUUUCUAUUUCUAUUGUCAUGAGUUUUAUUUUUAAAUUCAUUCAUUCUCUCUUUAAUUCAUUUUUAUACCUCUGGAUUUUUCCUUUUCCUUUCCGAUUAUUAUUAUUAUUCUUCAUCUGCUAUUUUAUCAUACAAUUACCUGUGAUCAGCUCAAUCAAUCAACCCACCACCCAUCCUACAUUAAUAUCUCUGUCUACUUCCUUCUGGUUUGGAUCAAUCUAAUGUUUCACAGCUGAAUUACAUGUUUCUGCAAGCUCCAUCAAAUUAUACAAAAUAUAUUUUUGUUGCUAGUUCAGGUUUACACACAUAUCUCUUAUGAUAAUAUAUAUAUAUAUAAAAGCAAAAAGGUUAUUAAUCUAUCUUAAUUAUCAUAGUCCUAUUCUCUUUUGGAAAUAGUAUAUAACAAAUUGUCACUGAACUUAAGAUUCUGAAUUUUUUUGGUGUAACUAACUUGCAGGUAUUGUCUUUGUUACAACUGGUUAUCUUCUACAGAGAGUUUGAAGAACUAAUUUCAAAUUAUUUCUCUCAUUUAACAAAUAGGUUCUGUUCUUCUUUUUUUUCUUUUUAUCAUUGUCUCCUUGUUUCAAAGACAACAUCACAAGACACGCUGGCUGUAAUUCUAUGCCUCUCUUUACCGUUCUUGUCGAUGUUUCUAGACAAACAGCGUUGAGAUAAGCUUUUUACAUAUUCUCUAAAACCAGUUGAGUCUUGAUAAGGUAUUCUUAAUACACAGGUGUAAGUUUUGUCCUUAAUAUAAUAAUUUAGAUUAUUUCGAUAGGUAUAUUUAUGGCAUUUCGAUAGGUAUAAUUAAGGCUUUGUUGUAGUCAUCAAGGUUUCUAAACAGCAUUAAGAUGAAAUUAUCUGUAUUCUUAUUUUUAAAACCAAUUGAGUCUUGAUAGGGUAAUUUUGAUACAUAGGGUAUAGAUAUUCUGUAAGUGCAAGUUAAUUAUUUUCGGCAUUAGUAUAAUAAUUUAGAUUUAACUUAUUUCGCUAGGUAUAUUCGUAAUAUUUUGAAGUUUACCAUCUGGUGUUUUAUUUUUGUUAACUGUAGUACUUUUAUAUUUUUAUUGUCUAAAUAUUUUUAUUUCAAUCUUUUAAUAUUUUUUUUUUUUAUUCAAUGCUGAUCUUAUUAUUACUACAGUUUAAGGUUUUUUGUCUUUUCAUUUCUCUUCUUAAUGUGCUCCACACAGCAGGUGUUUGUAAAUAUUGCAACGGAAUUCUUUAAAAUGAUUAACCAUUUUAUUAGAAUUUUCAACUGGAGCUUGUUGGAUUUUGUUUCCUUCUCAUAUUCUAACUAAUAUCAACUUUCACCACAAAUGGUUCUACUGUUCUUAUAUCCCUUUUUUUUAUGUAUUUAAGGCUCUCAAAAUCAUAUCUAUAUUUUUAUUAUGAUUUUGACAUCCUUAAGUCCAUUGCCAACAAAAAGAAAUAAGGACAAUUUAGAAAGAGGGCUGAAUCAACAUUUCUUUCUAUUUUGGUUUUGCUUCUAGACUGGUUUGCAAAGUUUUCAUUUUUUUUAACUAGUAUGUAGCAAAUAUUUUCUACUAAUCCUAGAUUCUGUGAACUGGUUUAGUUUUGUCGAGGGUAGUAUAAUUUUUAAGACUAGAUUAACCGAUUACAUUUUCAUCUCUAAAAUAUAUGCAUUGUACAGGAUAAACUAGCAUUAAAUUUUUAAUUAUAUAACGAUAAUUUUGACUUUACAAGCCUCGUGGGAGUCAACAUUGCUAUGUAAUAAACUCAAAAAAAAUUUUUUUUUAUUAGUUGUACAAAAAUUUUUUUUUUUUUAAUAUUUUAAUUUGGCUGCUUCUCAAGAUUAAUUACAUCCAUUAUUCAUUAUUCAUCUUUCACCAGUCAAAUGUAUAAAUGUGUGCGUUCUACAAUGAAACUUGAAAAAUGUAAUAAAGGCGUUUUAGCCUACAACAGACUCUAAAAAAAAUCCAGAUAAACCAUAUUUCUUUCCUCCACUCAUCGUCUUCUUCCUGGCAGAUUGCUCUCAUACUGCUGUCAUCCAGUCAGCCACUUUGUUACGUAAUAUUCAGCAACCACUUGUUGCUGUGUAUUAAUCUGAAAAGAAAAAGAGAACAUGAAAAACUGGUGGCUCAAUGUUUAUACAUCAACUGCUUCUAGCCCAUAUAGAUAUAUAUAUAUAUAUAAAGAAAAACCAUGGCAUGGUUUAAUGCUGACGUCUCUAAGCUUUUGAAAGGAUCUUUUUCUGUGGCUUUUUCUUUUGAAACUUUUCAAUUUACCUGAUGGAAUCUUAUUUCAGAUUGAGUUUGUUGACUGUCUCUAAAGUAAAUUCGCUGACCAUCAGCAUUCAUAAAGAAGUGCAACAGAAAGAUUUGAAGGCCAAAACAAAAAUUUAAAAAAUAUAUAAAUAAAAAAAAAAUAAAAACGAAACAUAACAAAAAGGGCUCAUGCAGGGACAAUUCUAAAAAAAAA